GUGUGCAUUGCGCUAGGGUACCGCGACUGGACUUUGGACGUGGGCUACUUUGCUGUGCCUUCAAUUCCCCGAGAGAGUUGCUUAGGAACUUGUUGAGGACUCAGGUAAGUGUCCACGUACACAAUGGAGCAAAUACCAAUCCGGCUAUGAACAAGCGGAACAUGCGGUGCGAUAGCUGGGAGGCAUCGACGAAUUCGAGCGCAAGAAAUGGGAUGGGGCCACUUGCUCUCUCCUUAAACAUGAGCCGAUGCUCAUCUCAUGUUGGACAGCAGCCAGGAUCUCCGCACUUUUCGUAUUACUAACCGCCGGACAAGGUCUGUCCCGAUAUCAACGAUUGCGGAGAUCCCGGUCACAGGAGAUGAGGACCAAAUUUUGGGAUGGCCAGGGUCGGCAUGUAUGUAUUUAUAGCAGCAUUACCGGAUUCGAUGCCGCCCUUCUUGCACGAUUUCCACCACAUUUUGACCAAACCCUGGUGAGCAGCUCUCCCCCACUGGCGCUCUUUACGAAUGAGGAAUGGAGUCAUGGCGCUGCGAAAAGGGGUGAAACAAAGCUUGAGCUGAGUCGACGAAAGCGGCGGGAAGGAUGCUCAACCCUGCUUAGAGGUUUGAGUAUUUGUGGGCGCGCCAUGCCGCUGUAGCUGCCACGAACCUAGCCACUGUGGCUC